AAAGAGCAAGUGCGGGUGUCAAAUUUGAGAAUCCAAGCGUUUCAACGACAGAUUGAUAAACAGAAAAAGCGAGGCGUCCUGAGAUGUGCAGGUUGUCGUACCAACAAGAAGAAUCGGAAAAUAUUCGGCUGUAAACAUUUGCUGUGCACACAACGCGUGGAAGAUGUCAACUCCCAGGGUCCACUUUUUGGAUACCCUUGCCCUCAGUGCAAGGCUCCCAUUGAGGCUUGUUUCGAUUGCUUUCCCAAUUUAUUAGAGUUAUGA